AAGCGAAUCAAUAAAGAACUUUUCCAGAUUUUCACAAUAGCCGGCAGUGAAGUCGACGCGCCGCGAUACAGAGCGAUUAGUUAGUUAUUCUUAAGCUUUUCCCUCCGCCGGACUGGACUCGAACCACGGCAACAGGCAUGCACCUUCCUCAGCAAGCUUUCAUGUGAUAUUGCUGUGGAGUUUGUCGUUAUUUCUCUAAAUGGUAUAUACUUUGACAACUCUGGGAGGGUAAUCUGCGUAGAGGAGCAGGAGGUGGAGGUUCCUCUGACAAUGAAAGGAAUGAACAUAUGGUGUUUCCAAAACCAGAGACCAUAGAUUUCGACUUGCCCUGUGACACCUCUUAUCCUCAGCAGUUUGGUGACAAUGCAGCUAGUUCUUCUGGAAGUAAUGUGAAGUCAUUGUUGAUUGAGAUGGGUUUUACCCCUACUCUUGUUCAGAAAGCCAUUGAUGAAAAUGGUGAAGAUGAUCUUGAGUUGUUGUUAGAGACUCUUACUAAGAGUUCUGUACCUGAGCAUUCUGAACCCAGCUUUCAUGGGCUAGUGGAACCCAAACCGGAGCCUGAUACUGAAUAUGAAGCCGAUGGUAAAAGGAUGGCGUUACUAGGAAUGAAGUUCCCCGAAAAUCUGAUUGACUUUGCACUAGAUAGGCUUGGUCACGGCGCUGAAAUUGAUGUGAUGGUGGACUUUAUUGUUGCUGCUCAACUAGCGGAACAGUUUGCAGAAGAAUCCGAAGACUCACCUGAUGACACUGAAAUUAAUGAAGAAGAUGAAGACGUCAUUCCAGUUGCUGCUAGAGAACCUGAGGUUCCCAAUGAAGUAUUGUUCGAAACAAUGGACAAAACUUUGCAUCUACUGGAAAUGGGAUUCUCUAACCAUGAGAUAUCAAUAGCAAUUGAAAAAAUAGGUACAGAAGGUCAGAUCUCUGACCUCGCUGAGACAAUUGUUACUGGUGAAGCUCCUGGUGUCAUUCCUAAGGACCUUGAAGAAAUAGAAAAGAAAGUUUCAGCGGCUCCUGCGGCUACAUGUCUUUCAAAGAGUUGGAGAUUUCUUGGUGCUGGUGCAGAGAAAGUAGACAGUGGUAGAGGUUCCUCAAGUGGCACUUCUGAUGUAAAACCAGAUCCUGGUACUGACCCUCUUCCUUUCCCCGCCACUGCCAAUGUGGGAGAGACCUCAAGGGGUAAAAGACUAAAAGACGAAGAUGAUAAUGCCUAUAUAGACGAGUUUUCUGACUUUGAUGACAGAGGCAAAAGGCCAAGACCCGAAUAUAUGGAAACCCCUUGGAUGCAAGAUGAUAAAGAUACCACAUACGGAUUUCCAAGUGCAAUGCAGCCACGUUUGUCCCAAAAGCUUUCCCCAGAUGUAGCCACACGACCUUAUUUCUUAUAUGGAAACUUAAGUGAAAUCUCUCCGAGGUGGUGUUCUACGAUCUCAAGUUUCUUGUUCGGUAUUCAACCUGAGCAUGUAGAUACUCGGUUGUGUUCACCGCUCCGCAGGACAGAAGGGUACGUGCACAAUCUUCCCGUUGAAAACAGGUUCAACAUCCUUCCAAGGCCACUGUUAACUAUACAAGACGCAAUGCCACACAUGAGGAGCUGGUGGCCACAAUGGGAUGUCAGAAAGCAUCUGAGCAGCGUUGCAUGUUCUGAUAUACAACAUGCAACUACUCUUUGCGAAAGACUUGGACGUCGUCUAGCUGAAUGCAAGGGAAAGCCUUCUCAACAAGACCAGACUAUAAUACUCCGACAUUGUCACACCUCUAAUCUUAUCUGGAUUGCUCCAAACAUCCCCUCACCUGUAGAGCCUGAACAUCUAGAGUGCAUCAUGGGAUAUCCAACAAACCACACCAAGAUCGGUGGUGGGAAAUAUGCUGAGAGGUUGAAGCUGUUUGAGUUCUGUUUCCAAACAGACACGUUGGGUUACCAUCUCUCUGUCCUCAAGUCUUUGUUUCCUGAAGGGUUAACUGUUUUAUCACUCUUUAGCGGGAUAGGUGGUGCGGAAAUCACGUUAAACCGACUUGGAAUCCAUCUCAAGAACGUAGUCUCUGUUGAGCACUGUGCACUGAGCCGUAACAUACUGAAAAGAUGGUGGCAGAGUUCAGGACAAACCGGAGAGCUUGUGCAGAUUGAAGCGAUUAGGAGCUUAAGUACAACUAAGCUCGAGGCUUUGAUGGAGAGAUUCGGUGGAUUCGACUUUGUCAUUUGUCAGAACCCACCAGUACCACCAGAUCUGUCACAAGAAACCGCAGGAAGCGAAGCUCGUGAUUUUGAUUACUCGUUGUUUAACGAGUUUGUUCGUGUCACAAAACGUGUCAGAGUUGUCAUGGAGUCAAACUGAUGAAGUGCCUUUACGUCCUCAAACAACAUGGAGAGUGGAGACUUGUCUCAUCGCAAAGUUAGUAUCCAUGGUUUUUGUAAUUCUAGACAACUGUUUUUGAAAACUGAUGCUUUCAUUGCAUCCCUCUGUAUGUUCCAUAAUCGGAUCGUAAACUUCUUGUUUUUUUUUUUUAAAUCUUGGUCCUGUUAUGCUA